AUAAACAAGCAAACACGUUAGAAUCGUUAUCGUUUAUUGCAAAUAAAUAAGAGACGAAGGGAACAAAAUAAAGGAUAGUGAGCGAGAGAAAGGUUACUCGCUCUGUAUAUAAAUAGAUAGAUGAACAGAUGUCUAAGCAAUAAUAAUCCCGCUCGAUAUAUUCAAUAAAUAUGUACACUUAACGGCUUGCCUGUAUAUGUUUUGAGGAGAAAUAUCUAUAAUUAAUUAAUUUAAUUAUUUACAUCUAAUAAAACAUGAUUAUUCACCCUAUAUUAAACUGCACGAGUAUUGUGACAAUGGACUCGAAAGGGUUCUCGAACUAUCGAAACGUCUGCGUCAAUGCGACGAUGCCCACUCGUGGGCACGGCAUCGGAGCCGGUUUUUACGUCAUUAUCGUUAUCGUCUUCUAUGGUACAUCCGUCAUGUUCUUAAUCGCAUCUCACAUCAAAAGGAAACACAAAAAGAUCUUGGAAGAUAGACAAAUAAAUAGCUAUCUCAAAGAAUUUCAGAUAGUACGUGAGACAUCAUCGAAAGAUAGUUACAGAACGUUGAAGAGGAACAUGAUUGCCUAUCUUAUAGGGAUUGGAUUGUACGGAGGACAGAGUAACACCGGGCAUUCAACAAUUUACAGAUGUCUGAGCAAAACAUUGCUACCAAUAACGGCCAUUGCUCUGUCCCCAACCGGCAGCAUAACAAGUUUGCUGAGCAGAAGGAACAGUCUGGAGUCGAAUGGACAGGUUGCUCACAAUCGCAGUGGUCUUCAAAGCAUCGUAGAAUGUGACGAACUUUUGAACGGUCCAGAUUCUCCUAGAGACCAAAAAGAUCUCAAAUGUCAAACACUCACAAAUGAAAAUUUACAUCUCACGAAUAAAAAUUACCUCCAUCAAGGAAAACAAACAAACAUUUUGAGAAUCGACAAAGAAACAGAUACUGCAACGCAAAAACAGAGAAGUGAGAUGGUAAAGUUUAAAGAGCAUGAGAAACUAUCAGCAGUUAACUUCACUACGAAGCAACAGCCACCUCAUCCUCUCCCUACUAUCGAAUUGAACAGACACCUCAUACCAAACCGUCCCUCAAUCACCACUCUGAGAAACGCCACGCAAGGACUGAUUCGUACCCAGGUGACAGCAGGGCAACAAACCUGGCAUCCUCCUCCCUCACAGCCUGCCAGGACAUUCCAACGUUCAAACUCAUCACGCCCCACCAUUAGAAGGGAAUAUUACGACGUGCAACAAAACAGACGAACUUCUUAUGCGUGCAGCUCACCUUCUCAACACCAGCAGGGACGGUACGUCGGCAUUCAAUCGAUUGCGAAUACCACCGGACUUGUCGGUAAUACGAGUCGGAAAAGUUUGAGCGCGGAAAAGCACGUAGAACAGAUAUCGAGCGUCUGACACACAGAUGGUUGUCGGUUUCAUGGACAGAAAAUUAGAUAUUAUUUAAAAAACCUUUCACAUGUUUACCUACCAUCACAGCGACUUUUUUACUCAUUUCUUAUUCUAAUUUCAAUUUUAUUCCUUCAAACUAGGUGGGAUCAUUUUUAACACAUCAUACUUUUCAUUUUCAGGACAUAAACAUUCAUGUGUAUAAUACUUUUCUUCGGUCAAUUCUUAACUUUUUUCUACGGAGCAAUAGAAAACUUGUUCACAAAUUAAAAA